GUGGAAUAAAUCAGUCUUAAGUGGAACAAUUCUGAUGUACUGUGACUAUAAAUUUCCUGACGGUUUUGACGAAUACUUUAUGAAUUUUGAACAAAUCCUAUUAAAAAUAUUUCCAAAAUAUUGUCAAAGGAUAAUAAUUCCUCGGUGUCAGAAUGCUGGUCAACCCUACAGUGAUCGUUCUCAAGUACGUGUGGUGUGGAGUCUUCAAAUAUUCAAUAUCGUAAGGAUAUAAGAACACAUUUCUGCAACAAUAUCGUUAACUUUCAAGAUGCAGUGUCGACUGGAUAUGGCUACAAAGCUUACUAUGUACAAGAAAAUGGACCAAAUGAAACUCUGAUGUGCUCUGACGAAUUCAAUCUAACUCAGCAUCCAUCUACUUGCAAUACCACUUGUCUGCCUUCACAAAUGAAAGUGGCCAUUGGAUCCUGUUGUGUGAAUUGUUAUGAAUGUGAGAAAGGAUCUUUCAGCAAUGGAACAGACUGCCUCCCUCUUCCUGUAGGUCAUGUGGUGUUGAUCUCCAUCCUGUCUCCAGCUGGAAUUCUCAUGUGUUUUGGGGCCUUGUGUGUCUUUCUAAAAUAUUCCAACACUCCCAUUGUGAAAAGCUCUGGAGGGAACAUCUUCUACUGUUACCUGGCAGGCCUCAUCAUCGCUUUCUUCAGCUCUUUCUUAUUCGUUGGUCAUCCAUCAGAUGGCACAUGUCGGGUGGGCCUGCCUCUGUCCGCUCUGGGGUUUUCCCUCUGCCUCUCCAGUAUGUUAGCCAGGACUUGUAAAAUAAUGUUUGCCUUUUCCAACACUGUCGAAAGGCCAACCAAAUUCCAGCAGCACUUCUACAUCCUAAUAAUUGUUCUGGGUACUCUGGGAGAAGCUGCCAUUUGCUUCCUGUGGAUGUUUCUGGAUCCCCUCAAAUUUAAUUACCUGCCAGAAGGACAGACACUUACCAACAUGGUGUGUGACUGUGACAACAAGCACUGGUACUACCUUUGUCUGAACUACCUUAUCGUACUGUGUUUGGCCUCAUGGGGCCUCGCCAUUAAAAGUCAGUCUCUUCCUCCCAGUUUUAGCGAGUCCCGCUCCACCUCCUUCAGUAUGAUGAUCUUUUUCAUUAUCUGGUGCAUUAUGCUGUUCAUAAUUGUGGUUAAUUUACAAGCAAUGCAGGCAGUGAUACUUGGGGUGUUUAUUGCCCUGUCUUGCUGGGGUAUCCUGACUUGUAUCACUUUACCCAAAAUCUUCAUCAUUCUGUGCAGACCAGAGAGAAACAACCAGAAGUGGAUAACCUACAUCACUUUCGAAUACUGCCGUCAUGUCGCUUUCAAAGCUGACCUGAAAUUUGAAAUCCAGCAAGCAUCCACCUCUUUGCCAGAUAGUACAAUGAGGUGUGAUCAGUAACACUUAGGAACAACAGGUCAGUUCUUAACAGAACUUCAUUUUAGUGCUACAGUAGUAGACUCAGCAUGUUAUAGGUCAGGGAUUGCAUUUUUGUCUUCCUGAAAGGUAAAUUGAUUUGACCACAACUUUCAUGUUCUGUUGAUUUUAUAGACUUGCUGUGCUACCCAUCUAAGAAGGGUUGAAAUCUAAAUAAUCAAUAUUGCUCUCAUGUUUUUUUAAUCAAUACAUGGAUUGUCCCUUUGGUCUGGUAUAAUAAUACAUACCUGAUUCCUUUCUCUCGUGGUGGCUUUUCCUCUUUGGACCGAGUUGCUGUUUUUGUUGCUUCUUCUCUGUGUUGCUUGUUGAACGGACCACUCUUGUAGUCGUAGUGUUUUGCUGAGAAAAUGCAGGGGUGAUUGUUAGUGCAUUGGCGUGGUUUAGUGACUCUAGCCUAGUCAUGUUGUGAUUUUGGCUUCUCAGUAUGCACAUCAAUUUAUUGUUAUUUUUACUCAUCCAUUGCCCACUACGAAUAGUUAUCAGAAAUUACCAAUAUUGUUAUAAAUGUCACUUAGAUGGCCUGAGUAGGUGCAAAAAUGUUGCUACCAUGUGCUGUCGUUGCUGUAUAUCAUCAGAAGACAGAAUAAUACCAAUUUUUUAUUUUUAGACCUUUAUUUGGUAUCAUGAUUUUUGAUUAGUUUUGCCCCUUCCUUUACAUGUUUUGCCUAUUUUAACUUUUUCAACAGAAUCCUAGACAAACACACACACAGACAGACAUGUCCUUUUAUUUAGGGGGAUAAGCCAAUGUUUUGUGUCUAGCAGUAACUCUCUGUUGGGCAUAUUCAGCAUUAAUGUUUGCAGUUCACCCUGUAUUGGAAUGUACAAUGCAUGUAGUAUUAAACUGCAUUAUGUGUUUAAUUGAAACAGAUAGCACAUGAGAAACUUUAGCACUACUUUAAUAAAUCCAUACCAAGUAGCACAUAACAAAGACACAGCAGCUGGACAGACUCACAGAUUGACAGACACUUGCCCUUUUAUUAAUGUGGAUUAUAAAUCUGGCAGACAAACUGGCACAAAAGUUAUCACAACUGCCUCACAGCCCCACAGGCUCUCUGCAUAGAGUGUGCACAUUUCCUACAUCCCAGGGAGAUCAUCAUAUUUAAUUUAUUACAAAAUUCCACCUCAGCCGUAAGCACAUAGUAGCUGUUCUACUGAAGUGUAUUUGGAGUCUUUAGGAUAGUACUUGCUUUACCAACUUGUACACAAAAUGUGCACAUAGAAUAACAUUUAGGUGCAAGUAAAGGCUAUGCAGGCACUGUAACUCAAAAUAGUUCAGAAGGUAGGUUCUAGAACCUUCUCAAUCCAUCUCAAGGUUUCAGGGGCUGAAGGUUAUCUCACCAGGAUUGGACGAAAGACUGAAAACAGGCCUGGGCAAGACUUUAGUCUGUGACAGAGACCACUGUCACUCACACACACACACAAAUACGCACACCCUUCAUAUUCACACAAAUAAUCUAAUAAAUAAAUAUACCUUUCUAAUGAAUUCAUUAUUGGCUUCAGCAUGUCUGACUGUUGUAAUUUUCAUAAAAUGGGGCUUGCAAAACUAUUCAUUUAUGACAAAUUAAGGAAUAACAGAAGUAAAAGGCAAACUUUAUGACAGUAAGUGAUCAUUAUGGAUAUCAGGUGAAUGUGUCACUCUGAUGGUAAAUUCUGGGUUACCCAAACUGGGACCCUUGUGUAGCAUGUAUGUCCAAACAUAAAGUACAUCCUCAUUUGUUUAAUGUCUGCUUUAUCUCAUCAUCAACACUAAAUAAUCAGAGCACAAAACAAAAAGGGUACUUCAUUUAUAUCUAGAUAACCUUUUGUUUUCAUUGUUUGCAUUUUAUAUUUUAUAUAAAGUCAGGAAGAUCAUUUCACAUACUUAUUACAACUUAAAGUAUCAGAAGAUGUGAAAUGUCUGAUGCACUGCUUCUCUUCUGCUUGCCGUCAUGCCACCGGAAAGACUUCAUUAAGUACAAACAACUCAGUGAUGCCAGCAGCCAGUGCCAGCGACUUCCUACCUGCGCUCACAGUCUGCCAGUGCUUCAUUUACUUGUACUGGGGAUCUGUUUGCCUUUAGUAGUGGCUAUCAGAGGUGAAAAAGAUGUACAAGUAGUUGUUGCUGCUGUCAAAGUAAAACUGAAACAGUACACUACUUCACAGCUGAAGAUGGGCAAAAUGUUUAUGUGUUUUAAGAUACACAAGUUCACGAGUUUGCCAAUGCUUUUUAAUGGGAGAUUUUAAAAUCAUAAAGCUGUUUACAGUGAGAUCUGUUCAAGAGAUUGUGAAGAUAUCUGAACUGUCCUUCAAGAAUAAGUGUGCCACAUUUCAACAAAAUUCCUUCACCAGGUGCCGAGUUAUUUCAGGCCAACAGACAGAAAGACAUGGCUAUCGCAAUAGGAUCUUCGAAUGCACCUAAACAGGUAACCUAACAUUCUCAAACCAGUUUAAUUAAAUUCAGGAUAGCAUCUACACCAACAGUAUCCAUUGAAAGGAAGGAUGGAAUCCUGAGUAGAUUGCCAGGGGGAUCUCAGGGUUUAGUCAAGUAAACCCCCACAUGGGGGCUGUUUAAAGCUGAUAAUUAACCUACAUAUAUUGGAGAAGUAGAAUGAAAACUGGAGAACCCGGAGUAUAAAACCCAGCUGGACAGAGGGACAAAAACCCACUCCAUAAAUUUGAACCCAGGACCAAGUAUAUCCAUUUUGCCACAAAUCUAUUUAAAUAUGCUAUAUAAAAUAAAGGUUGUUGGGUCUGUUAAUUAUCUAAACUUCUUUUUUACUGUUUGCUUAUUGUUGCAAUUUAGAUUAUGUCAAAGUAUAACCAUUUUAUCAUU